AUGGCCCCUAUUGAGCGCAUCACUCUCUUCAAGAUCCCCAACGAGGCGGAUCUCAACCGCGUGCUGGAGCAGUACAAGGUGCUGGCUAAGACCGCUACCAAGGACGGCAAGCCCUACAUCGUCGCGGCUGCGGUUGGUCCUACGAUCGCCGAUCCCCGUAACAAGGGCUACAACUUGUCUGUGAAGACGACUUUUGCGUCGAUGGAUGAUAUGAAGUACUACGAUAACGAAUGUGAGGCACACAAGGCUCUCAAGGCUUGUGUGGGUCCCGUCAAGGAGGAUGUGUUGACGACUUUCUACGAGAACAUUUUGUAA